AUGGACGAUGCGCCGGCGGGGCCCCUGCCUCCACCUUUUGCGCUCUCCAAGCUAGACAGUGACAAGGAAUCGCUCUUGAAGGGCCUCACAGAUGCCGAGGUGGCCGAGAUGGUGAAGAAGUAUGGCCUGAAUGAAGUGCCCGAGGAGAAGGAACCUUUGUGGAAGAUGUUCUUGAAACAAUUCACUGGACCCAUGCAGAUCAUGAUCGAGGGUGCUGCAUUGUUGUGCUUCUUGAUUCACAACUGGCCGGACUUCACCAUCAUCAUGGUCUUGUUGAUCACUAACGGCACCUUGGGAUUCUUUGAAGAGAAGAAGAGCGCGCAGGCCUCCGUGGACGCUUUGAAGGCAGGUCUCGAGAAGAAGAUGCCGGUGAAGCGAAACGGCAAGUUCGACAGCAUCCCCGUCGUGCAGGUGGUGCCCGGGGAUGUGCUCUUCAUGCGCGGUGGGGACAUUGUGCCGGCGGACUGCUACUGGAUGGAAGGCGAUCCCUGCCAGGUGGAUGAAGCCGCGUUGACGGGGGAGUCCUUGCCAGUGAAGGUCCCCCGCAAGGAUGACGAGGGGAAGCCUGCCUCGGGGCGCCAGAUGUGGUCCGGCUCCAUCCUGAAGGUCGGGGAGUGCCAAGCGGUUGUCAGCCACACGGGCAUGAACACCAUGAUUGGGGAGGCCGCCAAGGCGAUCCAAGAAGCCUCCGGCAAAGACAUCGGGGUCUUUGAAGGCAAAAUCCUGGAAGCCGCGCAAGUCUUGAUUCUCAUCACUAUCGUGGUGGUGUCCUUCCUCUUCUACUUCAUGUACUUCGUCCAGCAUGUUGAGAUCACCGAAGUCCUGGAGAUGUCGCUGUCGCUGGUCAUCGCCUCUGUGCCAGUGGCGCUGCCCAUGGUGAUGAAGGUGACCUUGUCCAUUGGGGCCAAGGAGAUGUCAGAUGAAGGUGGCAUUGUAACUCACCUGACAGCGCUGGAAGAGAUUGCUUCCAUGAAGGUCUUGUGCUCCGACAAGACGGGCACCCUCACCACGGCCCAGAUGACGGUCUAUUACGAUGAGACCGCCAAAGCCUACAACGGCUUCUCUGCUGAGCAGGUCUUGGAGUUUGCCUCCUUGGCAUCCAAUGAAGCCAACAAGGAUGACCCCAUCGACUCCGCAGUGCUCCGUGCCUAUGCCAAGUCCAAGAACCUCACAUCCGUGGAUGAUGCCGUGGACAAGAGGAAACAAAACUACAGCUUGGAUCCGGAGGGCUUCAUGGGCUUCAACCCCAUCGUGAAGCGCACCUGCGCUGCGGUCACGGCCAAGGACGGCACCAAAUAUUUCUGCUCCAAAGGCAUGGUCGACGUGAUCUUGAAGACCAACGCCGAUGAUGAGGGCAAGCAGUGGACCGUGGACAACUAUGCGGAGAUGUCAAAGACGGCAACCAAGGCCGAUGCGGAUUUGGGCAUCUCCGGCUUCAAGACUCUGGGCGUGGCGGUGUCCAAGAACGGCGGCCCCAUGCUUUUCGCGGGCAUCUUGCCCAUCAUGGACCCCCCACGGCAUGACACCAAGGAAACCAUUCGAAAGAUCAAGCAAGCGCAGGUGGCAGUGAAGAUGAUCACCGGGGAUCAUCACAACAUCGGCAAGGAGUUGGCCCGCCAGAUCGACCUGGGCAUGGAUAUCCGGACCCCGGAUUGCUUGCAGCCGCCCAGUGAGGCUCGGGAUCUCAUCGUCAUGAAGUGCGACGGCUUUGCGAAAGUGAAGCCUUUGGACAAGCACGAGGUGGUGCAGGUGCUCCAAGACAAGGGCCUGGUGGUGGGCAUGACAGGUGAUGGUGUGAACGACGCCCCUGCUUUGGCCAAAGCCCAGAUUGGUAUCGCCGUGCACGGGGCGACAGAUGCGGCCAAGUCUGCUGGUGACAUCGUCUUGACCAAGGAUGGCCUCUCACCCAUCUACACUGCCAUUCAAAUCUCCCGGCGUAUCUUCAAGCGCCUGAAGAGUUACGUGAUCUACCGCAUUUGCAUCACUGUGCAGGUGGUCUUCUUUUUGGCCGCCCUGGCCAUCUUCUACAACCUCCGCUUCAAGGCUCUCUACAUCAUUCUCUUGGCCUUGUUCCAUGACCUGCAGAUCGUCACCAUUGCCUACGACCAUCAAGUGGCUGGCGCAAAGCCUGAGACGCCGACCGUGUUGGGCUUGCUCUUGCAGAGUUAUUCCAUGGGAAUCCUGAUGUUUGUCCAGACCAUGUUGCUGGUCUCCUACGGCCAUCUCUUCCUCUCCGACUCCUAUGGAGAUGGCUACUUCCAAUCCAUGGACAGCGACGCCGCCGGCAGUGAGAUGAACAAGUACAUGGAGACCACGCUCUUCCUACAGAUCUCCAACUCCUCGGCAAUCUUGAUCUUCUCGGCACGUACUGUUGGCUUUUUCUUCACGACAAUGCCGGCGUGGCAGCUGACGUUCUCUACUGCCCUGGGACAGGUGCUGAUCAACAUUUGGUGCUUGGUGGCGCCCACGGGGCUCGUGGACAAGUUGCUUCCCUCCGAUGUGGCAAAGGUGUGGCUCUAUGACAUCGCGUGGUUGCUCUUUUUGGACCUGGUGAAAAUGACGGCUGGGCGGCUGUGGGAGAAGUACAAGCCUGCGACCAUCGACCGCAACCCAGCCUUGCAGGCCCACGAUCGCAACAGCCGACGCAUGUCCAACAACCUGCGGCCCUCCUACAUGUUGGCACAAGCUGGUCGCGAAGAGUUGGGAGCCAAGGACAAGGAAUCGCUCUUGAAGGGCCUCACAGAUGCCGAGGUGGCCGAGAUGGUGAAGAAGUAUGGCCUGAAUGAAGUGCCCGAGGAGAAGGAACCUUUGUGGAAGAUGUUCUUGAAACAAUUCACUGGACCCAUGCAGAUCAUGAUCGAGGGGGCUGCAUUGUUGUGCUUCUUGAUUCACAACUGGCCGGACUUCACCAUCAUCAUGGUCUUGUUGAUUACCAACGGCACCUUGGGAUUCUUUGAAGAGAAGAAGAGCGCGCAAGCCUCCGUGGAUGCUUUGAAGGCAGGUCUCGAGAAGAAGAUGCCGGUGAAGCGAAACGGCAAGUUCGACAGCAUCCCCGUCGUGCAGGUGGUGCCCGGAGAUGUGCUCUUCAUGCGCGGUGGCGAUAUCGUGCCGGCGGACUGCUACUGGAUGGAAGGGGAUCCCUGCCAGGUGGACGAAGCCGCGUUGACGGGGGAGUCCUUGCCAGUGAAGGUCCCCCGCAAGGAUGACGAGGGGAAGCCUGCCUCGGGGCGCCAGAUGUGGUCCGGCUCCAUCCUGAAAGUCGGGGAGUGCCAAGCGGUGGUCAGCCACACGGGCAUGAACACCAUGAUUGGGGAGGCCGCCAAGGCGAUCCAAGAAGCCUCCGGCAAAGACAUCGGGGUCUUUGAAGGCAAAAUCCUGGAAGCCGCGCAAGUCUUGAUUCUCAUCACUAUCGUGGUGGUGUCCUUCCUCUUCUACUUCAUGUACUUCGUCCAGCACGUUGAGAUCACUGAAGUCCUGGAGAUGUCGCUGUCACUGGUCAUCGCCUCUGUGCCAGUGGCGCUUCCCAUGGUGAUGAAGGUGACCUUGUCCAUUGGGGCCAAGGAGAUGUCAGAUGAAGGUGGCAUUGUAACUCACCUGACAGCGCUGGAAGAGAUUGCUUCCAUGAAGGUCUUGUGCUCCGACAAGACGGGCACCCUCACCACGGCCCAGAUGACGGUCUAUUACGAUGAGACCGCCAAAGCCUACAACGGCUUCUCUGCUGAGCAGGUCUUGGAGUUUGCCUCCUUGGCAUCCAAUGAAGCCAACAAGGAUGACCCCAUCGACUCCGCAGUGCUCCGUGCCUAUGCCAAGUCCAAGAACUUCACAUCCGUGGAUGAUGCCGUGGACAAGAGGAAACAAAACUACAGCUUGGAUCCGGAGGGCUUCAUGGGCUUCAACCCCAUCGUGAAGCGCACCUGCGCGGCGGUCACGGCCAAGGACGGCACCAAAUGGUUCUGCUCUAAAGGCAUGGUCGACGUGAUCUUGAAGACCAACGCCGAUGAUGAGGGCAAGCAGUGGACCGUGGACAACUAUGCGGAGAUGUCAAAGACGGCAACCAAGGCCGAUGCGGAUUUGGGCAUCUCCGGCUUCAAGACUCUGGGCGUGGCGGUGUCCAAGAACGGGGGCCCCAUGCUUUUCGCGGGCAUCUUGCCCAUCAUGGACCCCCCACGGCAUGACACCAAGGAAACCAUUCGAAAGAUCAAGCAAGCGCAGGUGGCAGUGAAGAUGAUCACCGGCGAUCAUCACAACAUCGGCAAGGAGUUGGCCCGCCAGAUCGACCUGGGCAUGGAUAUCCGGACCCCGGAUUGCUUGCAGCCGCCCAGUGAGGCUCGGGAUCUCAUCGUCAUGAAGUGCGACGGCUUUGCGAAAGUGAAGCCUUUGGACAAGCACGAGGUGGUGCAGGUGCUCCAAGACAAGGGCCUGGUGGUGGGCAUGACAGGUGAUGGUGUGAACGAUGCCCCUGCUUUGGCCAAAGCCCAGAUUGGUAUCGCCGUGCACGGUGCGACAGAUGCGGCCAAGUCUGCUGGUGACAUCGUCUUGACCAAGGAUGGCCUCUCACCCAUCUACACUGCCAUUCAGAUCUCCCGGCGUAUCUUCAAGCGCCUGAAGAGUUACGUGAUCUACCGCAUUUGCAUCACUGUGCAGGUGGUCUUCUUUUUGGCCGCCCUGGCCAUCUUCUACAACCUCCGCUUCAAGGCUCUCUACAUCAUUCUCUUGGCCUUGUUCCAUGACCUGCAGAUCGUCACCAUUGCCUACGACCAUCAAGUGGCUGGCGCAAAGCCUGAGACGCCGACCGUGUUGGGCUUGCUUUUGCAGAGUUAUUCCAUGGGAAUCCUGAUGUUUGUCCAGACCAUGUUGCUGGUGUCCUACGGCCAUCUCUUCCUCUCCGACUCCUAUGGAGAUGGCUACUUCCAAUCCAUGGACAGCGACGCCGCCGGCAGUGAGAUGAACAAGUACAUGGAGACCACGCUCUUCCUGCAGAUCUCCAACUCCUCGGCAAUCUUGAUCUUCUCGGCACGUGCUUUGGACGGGUCUCAGGUGCUGAUCAACAUUUGGUGCUUGGUGGCGCCCACGGGGCUCGUGGACAAGUUGCUUCCCUCCGAUGUGGCAAAGGUGUGGCUCUAUGACAUCGCGUGGUUGCUCUUUUUGGACCUGGUGAAAAUGACGGCUGGGCGGCUGUGGGAGAAGUACAAGCCUGCCACCAUCGACCGCAACCCAGCCUUGCAGGCCCACGAUCGCAACAGCCGACGCAUGUCCAACAACCUGCGGCCCUCCUACAUGUUGGCACAAGCUGGUCGCGAAGAGUUGGGAGCCAAGGUUGCCGCGCUUCCUGAGGGGCAGCGCAAUUCUGCCGAGAACCGAAGAGAUUUCAGCGGGCGGCGGUACCCAAAAAAGACGCCUCUGGCGCUUAAGGUGGGCUCCUGGGGCCUUCGGGCAACCCUUGCAUUUUGCGCUCAGCGUGCGGACUGGGCCAUCCAGAGCGUCUCGGACUUGCUUGAGGUGAUUGCUGCUUGCCGCAAGCUCAGCGAUUGGUCGCUGGCCCUUUGGUUCUUCAACAGGCAAAAAGCGAAGCUGCCAGAAGUAGUUGCCGCCAACGCAUGCAUCUCUGCGUGCGCGGAUUGCUCAGUUUGGCGCCAGUCCUUGUCUAUGCUUUCCGGGGUGAGAUGCGCGCAGAUCAAGCCGGACGUUGUUACGUACAACAUCGCGGUGGAAGCCACGAGAUCCUGGCUUCGCGCGGGCCAGCUCCUGCAGGAGUGCCGGUCCUUCGUUCAAUGCGACGUGAUCACCUUCAACAGCCUGUUGGGUGGCGAGGGAGGCUGGCAGCGCUCUCUUGGCCUGGUGGAGGCGCUGAAAGUGUCGAGCCUUGUGCCCGACGAGGUGACCGCCACGUCGGCGAUGCCUGGGCCAUGGCCUCGGGCAGUGCUGCUGGCGGAAGGCUACGAAAGCACGCUGCUCUUCAACGCCUUGGCGGCCACCUGCCGUCGGAAUUGGCCCAUGGCGCUUUUCGCCGCCCAGACUGCGCAAGCCCGAGGUUUGCAGCCAGACCUGCUCACUGCCAACCUCUGCCUCAGCUCCUGCGAGCAGAGCAGUGUCCUUUAA